CAAAGCAGUCACGUAGGAACAGGACCGGAAUACCGGCGUCUACUGGUACUCCUUUCAGAGGACUAUAACUGCUCACAAACAGCUCAUAGGUGUUGAAUUAUAAGAUCACGCAGGUUUUUGGAUAUAUAAAUGUGGUUAUAUUAAAAGGAUAUAAGAUCGUGGAUUAGUAUACAUUACAACACAGAUCCUACUCAAUACAUGCCGAAACCGGGGGACCUUCAGGAAUCGCGGAGCUUUGAGGUUUUCGCCACUAUAAUCGGCUCUCGAAUGGACCCGCAGCCGAGCGCGCCCCCGAUGAACCUGCACAUCCACUCCACUACGGGCACGCGCUUCGAGCUCUGCCUCCCCGCCGAGGAGACCGUGGAAGGGCUCAAAAGGAGGCUGUCUCAGAGGCUCAAGGUGCCCAAAGAGAGACUUGCGCUUCUGCACAAAGAGACGCGCCUGAGUUCAGGGAAGCUUCAUGACUUGGGCAUUACAGACGGGAGCAAGUUAACUCUUGUGCCGACAGUCGAAGCGGGUCUAAUGUCUCAAGCAUCAAGACCCGAGCAGUCAGUCAUGCAGGCCUUGGAGAGUCUGACCGAAACCCAGGUCAGUGACUUCCUGUCUGGCCGCUCUCCUCUGACCCUGGCCCUGCGCGUGGGCGAUCACAUGAUGUUUGUCCAGCUGCAGUUGGCAGCACAGCACUCGGGCAACCAGCAGUCGCAGCACCGGCAUCUCAUCACACGUAGUAGCGCUGAUGGUACAACAGGACAUUCAGCAGGCGCUGCAACAAUCACUGGCACCCAGAACAGGGUUUCUCACAACCAACACCAACACACAAACCCACACCAUCCACAUACAACGCUUCCACCCAGCCCUGUGAGCCCUACACCUUUUCCCUCUACUCCUUCUGGCCACUCUAUGCCCCCUAUGUAUCCCACCUCAACGUCCAGGCACUGCAGUACCCCUACCCGCUCCUCACAUCUCCCCGAAGGGAUCUUCCGUUCCCAGCAGCCGCUGUCGGCUUGUCAGAGCACCGCCAGCAGCUCUAGCCCUGCUGGCCCUUGUCCAGAGGCAAAUUGCACCACAAAGGCAACAGGCAACUGCAAUGCACCGUCACGUUCUCGUAAACCAGGUGCUAUCAUCGAAAGCUUUGUCAACCAUGCUCCUGGAGUCUUCUCUGGGACGUUUUCAGGCACUUUGCAUCCAAACUGUCAGGACAGCAGCGGACGGCCGCGGCGUGACAUCAGCACCAUUUUGCAGAUCUUGAAUGACCUCCUGAGCGCCACACGCCACUACCAGGGCAUGCCCGCCUCUCUCACACAGCUCCGCUAUCAGACACAGUGUGGUGGUGCGACAUCUCCGGCACCCUCGCCACCGCCUUCACCCCCAGCCGCUGCCGAGCUCGCCAGCCUCUCCUCCAAAGCUACCUCUGUGCCGUCUGUGAGCCAGGCACCUCUCCACCCACUGGUGCAGUGCCAAAGCCAGGUUCGAAUGUGCAAACCUCCUGGUGACCGACUGAGGCAGACGGAGAACCGAGCAACACGCUGUAAGGUGGAGCGGUUGCAGCUGCUCAUGCAGCAGAAGCGGCUAAGGCGGAAGGCUCGGAGGGACUCCCGUGCUCCCUACCAGUGGCUCCCCAACCGCAAGGCUGGACGCAGCAACAGCAACAGCAGCAUGUCCAGCGAAGGCUCGCUCGACCUGGACUUCGACGACUCUGUAUGGAAACCUGACGUCAAGGCCGACAUGAAGUCCGAGUUUAUCAUGGCCUGAAUCAACGUCUUAACUGAGGAGCGGCGACAGAAUUAGCUUUUAUGUACAGGAACAGGAAUAAUGUGAGACUAUAAGGCUGGUGUUGACUGAGAAAAAACCCAAAAGCAUCACACGCUUCCCUUCAAACAGACUUGUUUCACAAAGGAAGUUAAACUGACCUUUACCAUGUAUCCCUGUCAGCCUAUGAAUAUGAAAAUGGACUGAAAAAAACUGUCGUGAGAAGUACAAGCAAGAAAGGAGCAUAGCAGACUUCAAUGGUUUAGGGUAUUUUCUUUUUUCCCCCCUCCUUUCUCAAGGAGAACACAGCGGUGGAAAUCCAUCCAGGGCAAAUGCAGCUACCACAAAUCCAGAAAACCCACGUUUUUCUCUCUUUUUUUUUUCUUUUUUUUUUUUUUUUUCUUCCUCCCUUCUUUUCUUCUCACAGGGGCAUUCACAGUUUACGAGCCAUGAAGCAGAUCUUGAAUGGGGAUGAUUUUGUUUUUUGUUUAUGCUUUUAUUACUAUUAAUCAAUUUACUAUUUUGAAACAAAUAUGUAGCAUUACCCACAUAGCAUUCAGGUUUCUAAUCUUAUGGAUGAGGAGGAUUUAUUUGCACAUAUCUUUGAUUUCCACACACAAGGUCAACACAAGAAAUGGUACAGUGCAUGUUGAGCCUCACAGAGCUUUUGAAAUGCAGCUUGGUGUAGUGACUGGUUUAAAAAGGGAACCACGAAAGCAAAAGACAAAUUGUAAAGACACUCAGAUUUCAUAUUUAAUUGAGUUCUGUUGGAAUCUGACAUGGCUAGUUAUCUAAACACCCAGAGUUUCUUUUACAUUGCUUAAUGCAUUUACCACUGAAGUGUCCAGCAAAAUCUCUUAUUUUUCUCUCUGCACUCAUGAGAAAAUUGAUGAUUAACAUAUCCUCAAAGCAUUUGAGCCCAUCCUUCCACUUGAGAAGUCUCCUGUCUUGUCUAUGUGAUGGUAGUCUCUUGAGAAAACCUUUUGCAAAUUGCUCUUAAGUGAUCGCCUACUUAAAUUACCCUUGUUUAAGCCCUUCAUUCUGUCUUGUUAGAGGGAAAAAGAGGAGAACAAUAGGCCUACAGCCGCCAUCUUCCCCUGCUCGAUAGUGCCUCACGGGUAGAUGCACUAACAUCCAAUUAGGCCUUCCACAGACCUUUCACAGGUCUGCUGCUACACGGGACUUUACUUUGCAUGCAAAUGUGUCAAUUAGGCUCAUUUUUUGUAAAAAACAAAAAAAUAACAAAAUAAAUAAUAAAUAUUAUAUAUGUAUGAACACAGGUGCUUAAAAGAAAAAAAAUGCAUGAAUGAAUUUCUAAUUAAAAAGAAGAAGAAAAAGAGAAAGUUGCUUGGGUUUUGCUAAUUUGAAAUGAUGUUACAUAUCAGUGGCAAACCAAAACCCCAGGGCAGGACUCUUUUUGCUGUUUCACCGUGUUCAUGGAUCAUUCCUGGACUGCGAUGAGCUUGGAGCAAAUGAACAUUUUUAGCAACCCAGAAAAAAUGAGCCCCUAAAUAGCCAACAAACCCUAGGAGCCACAACGAUGUUGGACCAGCGUCUACCCCUACUGACUCAAGUAUAGUCAAGAAUAAAAAAACAAAAGUGAAAAGAAGACCACUGUUGCACUCACCAAGUUUGCAAUGAGAUUACCUGCCUGAAUGGAUCCUAGUCUUUUUUCUUUUUUUCUCUUCUUUUUUUUUUUUUUUUCUUUAUUUUUUUUUUCAAGUGGCCUUAACUAUCACGGACAUAGGGACUGGGGGACUAGCUGGGGAUUUUUUUUUUUGUUGUUGCUGUCUAUUUUGUGUGUGUGUUUUUGUCAGAACAUAAUUUCCUCCAAUUAUUUGGGCAACUCUCAUUUCUUGAAGGUGGAGGCUCUAAUAUGUCAAGGCUUCUGUGCCUUAAAUAUUGCCCUUUGGUAAAGGAGGGGGAAAAUGCAGGUCCUUCAGCAAUGGUAUCAUGAGCUCUGGUAGAAUUAUUGGUAUUAUUUUUUAUUCCCAAAUAUUCAGCACUACCUGGAAGUAAUGGCAAUGGCUUCACAUUUCACUAGUGUGCUCCAUACUUUGUUGAUUUUACAAGUCCUUUAAGCCCUAAUCUGUCCUACCACCAACAAGCUAAAAAGCAACAAAUUUACAAAUUAAAUGUAAAGAAAAAAAAACUCGACAACAAUAAUAAUGGUAUUACUAAUAAGGAAGGUUCAGCUGUAGUGCUGCAGCAACAAAGUGCCCUGACUCCUAAUGGAGGUGUCCUUUAAGGACAAGUUACUACAUGCACUUCCUUCCUCCUCACACUUCAAAGGACAAAUGUCCCAUCCAAAAGCAUUUUAAUUUCCUUAUCUUUAUGAAAUAUACUCUGUGUGUGCCUCACCUAUAUGUGAAAUGAAAAAACAAAACAAAAAAAAAAACAAAAAAUUGAGAUGAACUCGAGACUGGGCUGUUGAAGGGGUCUGGAUCGGGGAGGGGGGCAUUUCUAAUACAGUUUGUUGAAGUUCACAUCAUUUGAGUUGCCUGUUCUUUCUUGUAGCCAACAAUUAAAGAUAAUAACAAGAGUCAAAAAUACAAUGUUCUAGCUAUAGACCGGUGUAGCACAUGUGUGACUGUAUUAAUUUAUAAAAACCAAAAUGGUAACUGUGAAUUAUGUAUUUCUUUGUGCAUUUUUUUAAAGUGGGAGAAGGUGAAAAAGGGCAUGUGCCCUGAUUUUGUUUUUGUGGAAUAUAAUGGAAAUAAUCAAGUUUAAAAAAAAAAAACAACAAAAGAAAGUAUCUAAAUAUAUUUUUUUCUUAAGCAAUACAUUUCAGUGUGACUUGUGAUAGGACAUUUUCUUUUUUUAGGUAAUAAAUUUAAAGAAAACA